CGCUCCCCGUCAGCUGUCUUCGCUUCGUGCUCAAGCUGCGGGAGAGCGAUGGGGGAGGCCUACGUGCCAGUGGAAGCCGGGCUUGGCUUCGAGGAGAGCUUCCUCUCUUUGGGAGACAUUCUCAUGUCCCAGGAGAGGCUUCCGUGCCGCGCCGAGAUUGCCCUGCCGCGCCUGGCCGCCGUGCUUGGUAAAGCCGGGCCCGAGCCCCUUGCUGCGGUCCCUGAGGGCACAAAGCUGGAAAUUCCCCUCUGGCUGGCAAAAGGCUUGUAUGACAAUAAGCGGAGGAUUCUUUCUGUGGAGCUGCCAAAGAUUUACAGGGAGAGCUGGCGGACGGUGUUCAGUGCAGAUGCCAAUGUGAUUGACCUGCAUAAACUGGGGCCCUUUUACUAUGGAUUUGGCUCCCAGUUGCUGAAUUUUGACAGUCCUGAAAAUGUUGAAAUAGCUCAGACCAUAUUGCAGACAUUUAUUGGCCGUUUCCGUCGUAUUAUGGACUCAUCUCAGAAUACUUACAAUGAAGACACGUCUGUGUUGGUGGCCCGGCUGGAUGAGUUGGAGAGAGUUUUAUUUCAAGUUGGCCAGAAAGGUCUAAAUGACUUCCAGUCCUGGGAAAGGGGUCAGGCCCAGAUCACAGCAACCGACCUGGUUCAGAAAUAUCGAAAGAUCAAAUUUAUUGACUUGGACAGCUGA